GUGAAUCCUUGGUGAAGCAGGACAGCAAGCAGGUGCAGGUGGACCUCCAGGAUCUGGGCUAUAAGACCUGCGGCCGAAGUGAGAAUGAAGCUGAGCGGGAAGAGAGUACCAGUCCCGAGUGUGAGGAGCAUGACAGCCUCAGGGAAAGAGCCCUGAUGGAGUGGUGCCUGGGCUCCUCAGCAGCUAGCGCCCCAGGAAAGAAGCCCUUGAAGAGCCCUGAAGGGAAGCAGGAGGAGUUCCAUGCAUACGGAAAGUUGGAAGACAUCUCUCUUCUGCAGAAGAACAUCGAAGACCUGAAGGCCCAGCUGCGGAAUGCCAACAAGAUCAUCCAGAACCUCAAGAGCCAGAUCCAUUCCCUCUCAGUUACAAGUGAUUAUUCAUCUAGUCUGGAGACACUGCAAAAGCUGAAGGCCGUUGACACCCUCGAGGGAUCUUCACCUCACAGUGUCACUGACAAGGAUGAGGGGUGGCUGUCUGAUGGCACAGAGUCUUCCUACCCCCCAGGGAUUCAGGCUAAAAAGGAUCUGGGGAGUCUGAUCCAGAGAGUGUCCCAGCUAGAGGCCCAGCUCCUGAAAACUGGAGUAGAAGGGAAGCUGGCAGAAGAAUUGAGAUCAGCCUCCUGGCCUGGGAAAUAUGAUUCCCUGAUUCAGGAUCAGGCCCGAGAGCUGUUGUACCUACGCCAGAAGAUACAAAAAGGGAGAGGCAUCUGUUACCUUCUCACCCAGCAUGCAGAAGAUACAGUAAAAUCUUUUGAGGACCUUCUUAGGAGCAAUGACAUUGACUACUACCUGGGGCAGAGCUUCCUAGAGCAACUUGCCCAGGGAAGCCAGUUGACAGAGAGGCUUACCAGCAAACUCAGCACCAAGGAUCAUAAAAGUGAGAAAGAUCAAGUUAGACUUGAACCUCUGGCCCUUAGGCUCAGCAGAGAACUGCAGGAGAAGGAGAAAGUGAUCGAGGUCCUGCAGGCCAAGCUGGAUGCCCGGUCCCUCAUGCCCUCCAGCAGCCACGCCUUGUCGGACUCCCAGCGCACUCCCAGCAGCUCCUCCUUCCUGUCUGAUGAGCUGGAAGCCUGCUCAGAUUCCAGUUCUUUGUCGACCACCAAACAUUUUCUUUCACUCAUGGGUUUUGUAGAUUCCAUCCAUUAUUCCAGUCAUUCCACUGUACUGUCUUCUAAGCCAUCAGCAACCAGUGCACCUCGGGGGUUUAAGGCUGAACCAAACAGCAACCCCAUCAGCUUGCCAGCUUCCCUAGAACCACCCCACCCCCAGAAGGGCAGCCAGGCCCAUCCAGGCCUUCACUUUCCCUCCAUACCCACGCUGGUUAGUCUUCCCCAGGCACCACUGCCCUCAGCAGCACCCAGCUUCCUGCCUUUCAGCCCCACUAGCCCUCCCCUCCUUGGCUGCUGUGAGACCCCCAUAGUCUCCUUGGCAGAGGAGCUGCAGGAGCUGCAGAUGCUGCAGAAACAACUGGGAGAAAGUGUCAGCACCAUCCAUCCUGCUUCCCCAACUGCACUGCCAAGCAACCAUUUAGAAGCCAGCUCUUCUCACUAUCUCAACCCCGCCCAGCCCCACUCUCCACUGAGGGGCAGCCCAGAACUGGGCAAAACCCUGGAGCCUGGCUAUCUGGGCAGCAGCAGCCAGUGGGAUGUGAGGAGGCCUCAGAAAGGGAGUGUAUCAGGCGACCUGUACUCAGGAUCCUCUGUGUGUCAGCUUAACUCCAAACCCACAGGGGUUGACCUUCUGGAGGAACAUCUCAGAGAGAUCCGAAACCUGUGUCAGUGCCUGGAGGAGUCCAUCUGCAUCAACUACCAGCCGCGGGAGCAGCUUGAACACCGGCUCAGCUGUGCAGCCCAUAGGAGCAGAUCUACCUCCAAUUUCUACAGCCCCAGCCUGGAACCCACACCUCAGCUCUACAACAAGAACAGAGUCCUUAAGGAAGAAAACCGGAGCCUUUAGGCCCAGCUGAGUCACGUUUCUAGAGACCACUCCUAGGAGAUGGAAUGCCUGAGGAUGGCCCUGCUGUCCUCACUAUCCUGGUUUCAAGAGCUGGAGAUGGAGCUGGAGCACCAAAAGAGGGAAUGGCAGCAACUUCUGGAAGACUUGAAGGAGAAGCAACAGGAGAUCUUGCAUUUCCAGGAAGAACUCCUGUCCCUCCAAGAGAAAGACUCCAGGCUGCAGCACAAGCUUGCCCUCCUGCAGCAGCAGUGUGAGGAGAAACAGCAGCUCUUCCAGUCCCUACACUCGGAGCUACAGAUCUACGAGGAACUUUAUGGCAAUUCCAAGAAAGGGCUGAAAGCUCCCUCCUGGGAUGCCUGUCUCCAGGUCCCUUUGAGCAGUGAGCUGAGCCACCUGGUGGCAGAGAUCCGAGCUUUGCGAGGGCAGCUGGAGCAAAGCAUCCAGGUGAACAGCUGUCUGCGAUUGCAGCUGGAGCAGCAGUUGGAUGGCGGGGGGAGCAAAGCCAGCCUCAGCCCCUCCUCCGCCCACCAGGAGGACCCUGGAAACAAGCAACUGCUCCUCCAAGACUCCAUUGCUUCUCCUCCAGUCCAAGAUGUUGGCAUGAAUUCUCCAGCGCUCACAUUCCCUAGCCUUUCUGCUGCUGCUCCUGGCUCAGAGACCACCAUUUUCAAGAGGACAAAUGAGCUGGAUUUGGAUGCUUCUCCAGUGAUGAAGAAUCCCAAGCUGGAGAGUGAAGCUACUGAUGGCUCCUUUGCCAAUAAGCAUGGCCGCCAUGUCAUUGGCCACAUUGAUGACUACAGUGCCCUAAGACAGCAGAUAGGGGAGGGCAAACUGCUGGUCAAAAAGAUAGCAGAUCUUGUGAGAUCAGCCUGCACCUUCCCUGGCCGUGAAACUCAGGGCACAGAGGUGCCUGGCAGCAAAGGCAUCCAUGAACUUGGGAGCAAUGCCGAGGCCCUGCAGCACACGCUGGACGAGUCGGCCUCCCUCCUCACCAUGUUCUGGCGAGCAGCCCUGCCCAGGUCCCCCAGCCCUGUCCUGUCUGACAGCACAGGACAGUCCUUGCAAAGGGAACUUCUGGAACUGAGAACCAGACUGUCCAAACAGGAGAGUGUCCUUCAGAGCACAGCGGAGCGUCUGAAGACUGCCAACCAGCAGAAAGAAAGCAUGGAGCAGUUUAUCUUCAAUCAGUUGACCAGGACACAUGAUGUUUUGAAGAAGGCAAGGAUUAAUUUGGAGGCCAAGUCAGGAGUCCGAGGAAAGCAAAAGAACACAUACAAGAUGGCCUCUGUAAAGCCUUAUUCCUGUCCCAGCAAAGGAGCCACUGAAGAAAAGGAGCCACCGGAGGUCCUUCAAACAGCAGGAAGACUGGGCCUGUCCCCCUUUGGUGCAGAUCCCAAUCUGCUGAGGAGACCUGGAGCCCAGUCCUCCACACCUGCCAGAGGGUCCCAUCCUCUUCCCGGUGGAGGAGGAUGA